AUGGGGCCCAAUAGAAUCGACGUUCAUCACCACUUUGUCCCAGAUUUCUACCGCCAAGCUGUAGAGGCUUCCGGCGGGGAUCCAUCUGGGUGGUUUAUUCCCGAAUGGACAAGCCAGUUGGAUCAAAAAGUCAACGACAAAUUCGGCAUCAGCACUACCAUUCUUUCCCUCACGGCGCCAGGAGCCUGUAUCCUGCAGGAUCCUCAGGCUUCCGCCAACUUGGCCCGGCAGGCCAAUGAGUUCUGUUCCAAGUUGCGAGAUGAGCGGCCCAAUCAGUAUGGCUUCUUUGCCGCGCUACCAAAUCUCUUGGACGAGGAGCUCACGCUCAACGAGAUCGCCUACGCCUAUGACGUUCUCAAGGCGGAUGGCGUGGUCUUGUUCACACGCUACGGAAAGGGCAAUCACUACCUUGGCCACCCAGACUUCAAGAGCAUUUGGGCGGAGCUGAAUCGCCGCUCUGCCGUGAUUCUCGUUCACCCUACUCAUCCGGUCGAUACCGCUCAGGUCAGCGGCCUACCUCAGCCGGUCAUUAGGUAUCCUUUCGAGACGACCCAAACCGCGAUCGACAUGCUGCUCAACAAGACGGUUCGUAACAAUCCGAAAUGCAAGAUUAUCUUAUCACACGCUGGUGGUACCCUGCCGUAUCUCAUCGGCCGCCCGACUAGUGUGAUAAACAAGACUAAGGAAGACGCUGAUGCAUUCUGGGAGGAUGCUCGCAGCUUCUACUACGACACGGCCGUCGCUGGGACAGAUAACGUACUGUGUAUCCUGGAGAAGUUCGCCAAGCCUGGCCAUAUACUCUACGGCAGUGAUACCCCGUACGCAAAUAAUGAUAUAGUCGACUUUCACACAUCUCGGCAGGAUGCGUACCGAUUUCAAGAUCCAGCCCUGGCCGCUCAGGUGAAUCGUGAAAAUGCUCUAGCAUUGUUCCCAAGGCUGAAAAGUCAACUAUCAAAUUAG